GCCAGUAUCAGUGCUAAGAAUAUGACUGACGUGUGAGGUUAUGGUGCAGUAGCGCUUAUCAAACAUAGUCCCUAAAGCCCUAUGCAUUAGUUCGAAGCGAUAACUUUGCUCAGAAACGAAGAUGUCGGGCGUGGCCAGCAUCGGGCUGGACCUGGGCGCAGGCAAGUGCUGUGUUGCCAGCGUGCGCGCUGGAGCGGUGACGGUGUUGCCAAACGCUCACGGCGACAAGACCACUCCAAGUUUUGUUGCCUUCACCGACUCCCGCAGCCUCGUGGGCAGCGAUGCCAGGAACCAGGCGGCGCUCAUCCCAGAGAGCACUUUUUAUGGCAUCAAGACCGUCCUCGGCAGGAGCUGCAAGAAAGUUCAAAAAAAUGAAUUGGCAUACUUGGCUGGAAAUGAAAUUCCAACUCGCGAAAGAUUUAUGAUGAAUUUCCUUCCCGAAUUUUCGAUAACCGAGAAAGGCUCAUCCGCCUUCAAAAUCGAUUACAUGAAUAACGAGUUGAUGUUACAUGCGGAAGAAAUAACUGCCUUACUUAUCGCCAAGAUGAAAUCUGUGGCAGAAGAUGAUAUAGUAAGUCCGGUCACAAACGCCGUCAUUACCGUCCCCGUAAAUUUUAGCAACGCGCAGCGACAAGCCACUCUUGACGCGGCCCGCAUCGCCGGCCUUGGAAAAGUCACGCUUAUCAACUCGACUACCGCCGCUGCCAUCGCUUACUGGGACCAGCACCUCAGGGAAAGAGAUUGCGUUGCAAUCGUCGAUUUCGGUGCCAGUUCACUAAGCUUUGCCAUACUUUCCAUUGAGAAUGGGACUGUUAAAGUUCUGGAAGCUUAUGGAGGUUCAACGGUAAGUGGAAACCAUAUCGACUUCUGCAUGAUGCAAGCCGUUGUCACCAAGUUUCAAGAAAAACACGGAAAACGUUUCGAAGAGUCCCCUAGAGCCUUGGUGAGGUUGAGAACCGCCACGGAGAAGCUGAAGUUCAAUCUGACGUCACAUACCUCUUCUUUAUUGCAAGUGGACUCCCUAUCUCACGGGAUCGACUUCAAAACUACGUUUUCCCGGAAAGAAAUAGAAGAGUCUUGCCAGAGCCAGUUUGAAAUCAUCGAAAAUGUGUUGCGUCGAUGGGCAAAAUCCAAAAAUUGGGUUGACGUUCGAACAGUUGUGUUGGUGGGCGGCUCAACGCGUAUUCCUGCCGUAGAAAAGCUGAUUGCCGAAACAUUAAGAAAACCUCUGGAUAACUCGCUCAAUAAAGACGAGGCGGUUGCCUGUGGCGCUGCCCUCCGAGCUGCUGAGUUGUGCUGCUCAACGCCACGCGAGGUGGAGGAGGUGUUGUCCAGGCGCAUCUGGUUCGAGGCAAGUGCAGAGUCAGGGAAAAUUGUUGAAACUGGAGCAAGUAUUCCGGGCGAGUUCAAUUUUCAAACUUCAAAUGAUAUCUGGAAACACAUAUAUGAUAAAGGGAUAAGCCUAUAUGAAAAUAUAUCAGAGAUUGAUGACAAAAGAGUUGAAACCUUCGUACUGACGACAAUAGGAGCAGGACAGCUCGGCCGUUCACCUUCUUCGGGCGCACUUCUAUUUACGAUCGAUGAAAGUGGAAUUGUUAAAAUUGAACUAAUUUCUAGCGGGAAAACAAGCCAUAUACCUAUUAGGGGGCUAUUAUCGGACAAAAAACGCGCAAAAACUUGUUUGGCUCAGCAUGAAGCGUUCCUGGAUGAUGAAGCAAAAUUUAAAGAAAAUGAGAACGCCAUCAAUGAUCUUGAAACUUUCUGCGUCGACCAAAAGGAAAAGCUCAGAGAGAAGUUUGGACAUGAUUCUGCUGCUAUCAAAUUGUGUGAAGAAAUUUUGACCUGGCUAGAAGAUACUCCAGAAGCAACGAAGCAACAAUGCGGUGACAAGAAAAAAGAUUUGGAGCACAAAAUUGAUAGUGAAGUUGACAGCAAGGCACUGCCUCAUCAACCCACAAAGAUCAAAUCAGAUCACCUUGAUGAUGAUGCUCAUCGCCUAGGUGAUAAAGUGAAUCACCUUGUUGACGCAUCACAUCGCCGUGGUGAUGCUUUACAUAACCAAGGUCAUGUUUCUGAUGCUGCACACCGUCUUGUUCAAGCUGAACAGCACCCUAGCAACGUUGCACAUUACCCUGUUGAUGCUACACACCACUCUGGUCAUUUUGAAUAUCAACCUAGUAAUGCUGCCCAUCACUCUGGUAAUGCUUCACAUCACUUUGGUAAUGCUGCAAAUCAUCCUGGUCGUGCAGCACAUCACCCUAGCAAAGUUGCAAAUCGCCCUGGUUAUUCAAUACUUCGCCUUGGUCGUGCAGUUGCUUCCCCUACCGACAAGACACUCCCUCAAACAUCCACUCGUUCGGCAUCCACCAGCAGUAGAAAUAAGGAACAUUAUCCCUCAUCCGAGCAAAGGACGAGUCCACAGUUUUUAAAUGAUUUGAGUCAAACCUAUUUACUUGCAGCAACUCGGACACCUGUGUCAGGACAUGUUAGUUCCAAUGCCAAUGCACAUCAGUUACCUUCCAGCCAUGUAUGUCCAUCGACCUAUAAAAACGCUGGCCACGACAUUUAUUCGUCGUCUCGACCUCUGAAGGGAACCACAUCAGCUGAUUAUGAGGUCUCCACUUCAAACAAGAAUAGUUUGAUGCAAGACGCCAUUAGACCGCCGGAUACGCUCCCGCCACCGCCACCCGACGUGUCUUGUGACAUGGACUUCCCGCCACCGCCACCCGACGUGUCUGGUGACAUGGACUUCCCGCCACCGCCGCCCGCCAUGUCUGGUGACCUGGAAUUCCCGCCACCGCCGCCCGCCAUGUCUGGUGACAUGGACUUCCCGCCACCGCCGCCCGCCAAGUGUGGUGACAUGGACCUCUCGCCACCGCCGCCCGCCAUGUCUGGUAACGUGGGCCUCCAGCCAACGCCGCCCGCCAUGUCUGUUGACAUGGAUCUCCCGUCGCCGUCUCUACCGCCGCCGUACCCCCUUACCCCCGAAAAUUUGGGUAUGGCCAACGGUCCUCGGCCGCCACCCCCGCCACCACCACCCAUGCUCAACGGCUCCGCCCCCCCACCACCACCGAUGCCCGAUAGCGACCUCAGCACCGACGCAGUGAGCUUUAAAGUGGCGUCGGCGACGCUCAAGCCUGAGCCUAAGAAGACACAUCACGAGGAUUCCGACCCAAGGAGUGAUCUGCGCAAGGUUUUACGUGACGGGAUCAAGCUACGUAAGGUUGACCAGGUAGAUGGCGGCACUUCAGGAGCCGGAGGGUCGGGGAUGCGGGUGGUGCCUGACGAAAUCAAAGACGUCGCCUCCAUCCUGCUGGAGCGGCGGCUUGCGUUCGAAGUGAGCGACUCUGACGCGUCAUCAGACACUGACAGCGACCACGAUGACUGGGAUGAAACCAGCGCGUAGGAGAGCUGCAGUGGAGCUUUCCCCUCAGAGUGUUAGGACGUACGAGUGAGCAGACGAGGGAGGAAAUUCAACGAGCCACAUCGCGCUCUUCGCUCCUCUCACCAUCGAGGCAUAGACUUCAGAAAAUCCAGCAACGCGAGAGAAGGAACUUCACCAUCAUCCCAACACAAUUGUGGUUCAUCAUCCCUACACCAUUGUGGUUCAUCGCCCAAACAUCAUUGUGGCUUAUCAUCCCAACACUAUUGUGGCUUAUCAUCCAAACACCAUUGUGGUUCAUCAUCCCUACACCAUUGCGGCUCAUCAUCUCAACACUAUUGUUGCUCACCAUUACAACAAAAUUGUGGUCCAUUACCUAUUAUGAAGAAUACGUUACUUGGUUACUGCUGCUGCUACGUAGCGUGAUACCAUAUAGCAGCUUUAGAGCCUCUUCCUGUCCGUGAAAACUGAUGAUAAUGGAAUCAUCUGUAUGCCUGCGGGCGCCCAAGCUCCGUCGGUCAGUAGUGCAAUCAUAACUACAAAUGUGGAAUUAGAUCAAGCCGUUGAAAUUCUUGGAAGUCAGGUAAUUAGUGUCGGGAGUAAAACGCGUGGCUCAAGCAACAAUACGUGAGUAACCGCAAUUGAAACAACUACUAUAUAUACCAUUGAAACAGCAAUACAAACCAAGGAUACUGUAGAAGCAGUUGGUGAAACAGAUAUACAAAACAAAUUUAUGGUUGAAACAGCAAUUGAAAUAGAGAUAGUCGCGCGUGACGUUACCGACCAUGACAACGUUCUCUGCUGCUGGUCGAAAAAAAUCUCAAGUAGCUCGUACCAAAUUGAUUCAUGUCCUGGCAAGUGGCAAGCAAGACUUUGUACCGUACAGUGAAUGUCCUGUAGCAUGAGUGAUUACGAAAGUUAUGGAAUUUAUGCACUUGGAAUGACUGCAUCAACAGAUCAUGCAGGUAGAAUAUUCCUAUCGAAGUAGAAUAUUCCUUUCUAAACCCGAUCUUAUAUAUAUAUCAAUAUAAAUAUCAAUGAAUAUUUUUUUUAUAUUCCAAAAUGUAACAAUGAUGUUGCCUGUUCAAUUACAGCCUUUGUAGCAUCAUCUUCCCUGUUACUUCUCUCAAAAAUCAGCUUUCAUGAUCUCUGGGCAUACCUGAUGCUACAUCAGGGCGAGCUGAUACUCGCGACACAUUCUACUGAGGUUGAAGUAUUGAUAGAUUAAAUUAUUCCUUACAGAAUAAUUCACAAAAUAGUAGCCCUUCGAUUUGAUAGUACAAUUUACUGAUAGGUCCCAUGUACAUUAUAUUAUAACACCUCCUUUACCCAAUAGCUCCAGCCCUCUUCUUUUUUCUACAUCAAAAUUAAUGUACCUAUUAUUUUAAGGAUAUCUUAUCUUGAUUUGUUCGUGUAUUUUCUUUAGAUUAACUGUGGAUUUUGUUCAUGGUUUUGUAGUUGAUUUCCAUGGUCGUAUUUACCUUCUUACUUCAUUUCUACCAUCUGAUCGCUAUCGUUAUCCUCCAAUAACUUUACACGGUGUAGCUUCGUUAGACUAGCGCUGCAUAUGUAUUCGAUUCGCUAACAACGAACUUUUUGGUCAUAGAUUUUUACUUUUAGUAUUCAUCUAUAAAUUACUUGCUAAAUUAAGAUUAAGCUGGAAUGGGAAAAAGUUAUUUUGUAAUUAAGUUUUCGAGACUGGCAUUAAGGACCCAAUUAUUCAGCGAGAUAAUUAAAGAUAAAGGGUUCAGCUUUGUGCGCCUGGAUACAGACUGUAAUAAUAAAUGAUGUAUUGAAUAUGAAGUUAGUUAAGAUUCUGGACGUGAGUCAUGAUUCACUUGGUAACUUAACCGGCAUUUUAGAGAUAGAAAAUUAACGAGUAACUUCUGGCAAGUAACAAGGGAACGUGAAUGUCAUGACUCGUAUGUAGGAUACGCUCUUCUAUCUCUGAAGAUUGUGUAUUGAGUUUCAUUAUGAUAAUAUAAUGUGCGAUAAGAUUUAUACCAGACAUACUCAUCACAGUCAAAACCCUCCCAACAUCAAUAGAGUAGUCGUGUUAUAUACGAUGAACGUUCACCGUAUUCACAUAGUAUUGUGCCUAUAUGUUGAACAAUAGUUGCAAAGCCUUGAUUAUAAAGAAAAUGUUACUAUGAUGAUUGAUGCCCCAUAGUGAAGCCUUCUUUUGAAUAUAGUUGGCUAUGAUGAUAGAUGCCUUUUAGUGAAGGGCUGCAUAUGAAGGAACUAUGGUAAAGUGUAUAUGUGGUAAAGCCUAUUUGUAUUUGUCAUUUUCUGAGCUGGGAGCUAUCGAUUAUUUCUCGUUCCCCAGUCAGUGUCUCUCUAAACUUAAUAUCUUCAGAAGGUUACAAAUACACUUGUAUUAAGCUG